AUGGGAAACUGCUAUGGCAAUGUCAAGACUCACAAGCCAGGCAACAAAUUGAGACCAAUAAUAUCUCAAAUCCCAACCCCUACCUACAACAUCGCAAAGAGAUUGUGCGCCCUCCUUACACCGUACAUCCCAACCACCUAUUGCCUGCAGUCAGCAACAGACUUCAUCGACAUUCUCAAGAACAACAACGCGGGAGGAAGAGUUGCUUCACUAGACGCCGAAUCCCUCUUUACGAAUGUCCCCGUGGACCGCACCAUCAACUACAUCAUCGACCGUGUGUAUAAAAACAACUCUACACCUACCCUCGCCAUCCCAGAAGCUGUACUUCGAGAACUACUGGAAUGCUGUACAAAGGAAGCACCGUUCAUCUGCCCCCGGGGAAACAAAUACUGCCAGGUAGAUGGCGUAGCCAUGGGUUCUCCUCUUGGUGUACUCUUGGCAAAUUUUUUCAUGGGCUGCAUCGAGGAGGAAGUUUUCAAGAUAAUAGAAAAGCCAGAUAUAUACUGCCGGUAUAUUGACGAUAUAUUCAUCAAGACAAAGGAUGCCACCGAAGCAGAACGCCUUAGACUCCACCUCCAAGAAACCUCCGGACUGAAAUUCACCAUGGAAAACAGCGAAGACGGAGCCAUGCCUUUUCUAGACGUCCUCGUCCAACAAGAAGACGGAAGAUUUACCACCAGCGUCUACACCAAACCAACGAACCCAGGAUUUUGCUUAAACGGACGAAGUGAGUGCCCCACGAAGUACAAGGAUUCCACCAUCUGCGCCUAUAUCAGAAGAGCGCUCACACACUGCAGUACGUGGAAGCAAGUCCAUCAAGAAAUAGAGCGCUCAACUCAAGUUCUGAUAAACAACGGCUUCAGCGAAAAGGACAUCAGCCGCCUGACGAAGAAGAUCAUAGACGGCUGGCACAGCAAGAAGCAGAAAGAGGAGAAGAAAGAAGACAUCAGCAUUUUUUACAAAGCGACAUUCUCUACCGCCUACAAAGAAGAUGAGAGGGUCAUUACACAAAUAGUAAGAAGAAACGUCAAGCCAUCCGACCCCAACAAACAAGUAAAGCUGGUCAUAUACUACAAGACCAAGAAAACCAGCCAUCUCCUUCUGAAAAACACCCCCUCAAAAGAGAUAGAGAGCCUACAAAAGUCGCAUGUCAUAUAUAGGUUCACGUGCAACCAAGGAAACUGUGAAGUCCUUCCCUCUACCUAUGUUGGCAUGACGACAACAAGACUCUCGCGACGACUGACAUUCCACCUCGCGUCAGGAGCACCCAAGAAACACCUGAAGGAGCAGCAUAGAAUCAACAUCACAAGAGAAAUGCUGGAAAACAACACGGAGAUCCUGACAACAUGUCCUGACACAAGACGCCUCACCAGCCGAGAGGCACUCUACAUCAAAACAACAAACCCGACAUUAAACAUGCAGGCAGAAGAUCUACAAGCCCUACCAAGUAUCCUUACCAAUGAAAGACCUCGCUUCUGA